AACGCCUUAUUGCGCAUGCUGAACGAAAUUCGAAUUUGGGACGCGUCGCUGACAAGCCGGCUUUGUAUGCAUUUGUAAGCCCUGGAUUACGAACACCAGUAAUAACUUUAUCAAUAGGGUCUUCGCCGUUGAAGCCGUACUCGCAUUUGCUAUUGUAUGUAAUCUGCGGUUAUGGAUUGGGAGGACAAGUUCUCCUCCAUCGUGAAGGAGACUGAGUCUAAUUUGGCGCGUGUACGGGAUCGUCUUGGGUCAUCUCGAACUAAACUACCAGUCAGCUCUGCAUACAACACCAGCCCAUACCGAGCAGAAAGUUCAAGCCUCAAACCUUCAUCCCGUCUGAGUACCUCAAUGGAUAAUUUGCGACCACGGUCAACCAUGUUUUCAUCAACCACUCGCUCAUCCCUGUCACCUACUAAAACACGGCUAGAUGCAUACAGGUCAACAAGUCCUGUAAAAACUAGCUCAGUGCUGAGUGGCCAACCAUCUAGCCGAGACUCCCCAGCUCUCCUCAAUGUGUUGUUUGAACGUCUGGAGCAACAAGCAGAGGCCCUUGACUCUCUAAGUGGGACAGUAAAACGCUUGGAAAAAGACAAGAAUAAUCAGGCUGGAACCAUUUCAAAAUUACAAGAUGAGGUAUCUCGUUUGAAUGACAGACUAAGAGAACAAGGUGUCGACAUGGAAACUGAAAGAAAACUUGAACAGUUCAAGCGAGAGAUGUAUGGUCAUUUAGAAAUGAUGACAAGCCGCAGCAGACUGCAUAGAAGUGAAGACUCUUCUUUUGGAGACCCUAAUCCCACAUCUAUCGCAAGGGAGCUUAAUGAAAGCAAGAGACUUCUUCAAGAAGACUGUGACUCUGUCAGACGAGAAGUUGACCAUUUAAAGGCUCGUAUAGCAAAAGUGGAACUCGAAAUGCAUUCAUCCCUUGGCGAUGGAAAAGAUGCUUUGCGGCGGCUUGAUAGACUUGACAGAACUAUCAAUGUUCUUUCUGAGAACCAGCGAUCACAGAGUCACAGUCUAAGCAGUAUGGUUGAUGAACGAGACAUGCGGACUGCUGAUCUAGGGCAAUUAAGGGGUAUUGUGGACCAGUUAUCUCAUCAAGUGGCCAAUAUGGAGAGAGAGACUUCAAACCAAGUACAUCGACAGCACUCAAGUGCCACAGGUUGCAGUAGCAAUUCUACAAGUCGCAAAAAUGGCAAAUCAUCAGCCACACACAAUAGACAAAUGACAAACGGUUAUUCACAUAGUAAAAUCACAAAUGGCAAGUCCAGGAAGAAAAAAGAUCCCCUAUUUGACAUCUCCCUGUCCGAUAGUGAUAUUGAUGUGACCACAGGUGUGUUGAAUCUCAGCACAGGAUCAGACUCUGAGAUUUCUUCCAUACAGCUAGACACCCAGUCAAGUAAUAAGGUCCACGCAAGAGAUGAGUUUGCAGACAUAUCAAGUACCUCAUUAAGUUCUUUAGAUUCAGAUGACUUGCUGCUUGAUGGCUUGUCUUAGAAUUUCAAAGUCUUCAUUUUGUGCUACUAUCAAAACAAAACAUAUUUGACCAUUCACAGAUCUCUGUAAAUAAAUAGGUAAACAGGGCAAUUAUUGAAAUUUAUGUACAACCUAUUAAUGUUUUCUAUCUUUUCUAUCUAUUUGUUGUGAAAAUUGUUUAGCUUAUGGAAGUUUGAGGAUGAUUGCAAGCCAGCAUGUUCACUACCACAAGCCAAUGAUAUAUAAAGGAUUAGAACCAUAAAUACAGGAUGGUUGGUCAGUGAAAAAGGCAACUUUGUUUUUUAUUAGUUGAACCAUUCAAUAUUUCCUAGUUAUUUUGAUAAUGUUAUGAUCGAAAAUUUCAAUGCUUCUAUGAAGAUUCUUUUUUUUUCUUUAUAGCCCAUUUUUCAGCCCAAAACAUACUUCAAUAAACAUAAUCCAAAUUUA